GGAGACACAACCGGAUGUAACCAAUUAAGCCAUCCGGCAGCUUAGAGGCCUUGAAGCACUCUAGCUAACGUCAUCUAAAUAGUCAAAAUCUAAAUAUUUUAAUAUAUAUUUUGUAUUGGUAUUUGAUAAAUCUAAAGAAUAGAAAUGAUUAAAGCCAUCUUGAUAUUUAACAACCACGGAAAACCGCGGCUGAUCAGAUUCUAUCAGUAUUUUGCGGAGGACAUGCAGCAGCAGAUCAUUCGGGAGACUUUCCAUUUGGUAUCGAAAAGAGAUGAUAACGUCUGCAACUUCUUGGAGGGUGGGAGUCUCAUUGGUGGCUCUGACUACAAACUGAUUUACCGGCACUACGCGACCCUCUACUUUGUCUUCUGUGUGGACUCUUCUGAGAGCGAGCUUGGCAUUCUGGACUUGAUCCAGGUAUUCGUGGAAACGUUGGAUAAAUGCUUUGAAAAUGUCUGUGAACUGGACCUCAUAUUCCACAUGGACAAGGUCCAUUACAUCUUGCAGGAGGUGGUGAUGGGAGGCAUGGUGCUGGAGACCAACAUGAAUGAGAUUGUGGCCCAGGUUGAAGUGCAGAACCGGAUGGAGAAGUCAGAGGGUGGUCUGUCGGCGGCCCCUGCUCGCGCUGUCUCUGCCGUGAAGAACAUGAACCUGCCCGAGAUUCCCCGCAACAUCAACAUCGGAGACAUCAAUAUCAAAGUGCCGAGCCUCUCCCCAUUCUGAGCUGCAUUCCAGCCGAGCUCGCUCUGCGAGGCUGACGUACUACUGAUCCAGUUCCCCUCCACCCAGCUCUGUUGUUAAUAUGGGCAAAACUGUUUUCUAUAUGCAUUAUGGAACCCCAGCAGCUUAUUCUCCCACCACAAUCUUUGAAUGAAUGGGAGAUAAGCUGUGGAUUAUUUUUUUGAGUUCUACUGUAUACAAUUUACAGCUGACUCCAGUUGAAGGAUUUGCACAAUAAUGUAAAGUUUGAUUCUCUAAAGCAUCAAGAUUAAUAUUGAUAUGUAUGUAUUUUCUGCUAUUCUUUCUGUGUUUAUUUUCUUUUUAUUUCUCCAGCUGAUUUCCUACUCUUUUCAGAAGAAAAAUGAACUGUGUUGGCCCAGCUCUUAUUUUCCUGCACAACUCUAACAAGUCAUGUCAUUCAUCAGUGAUUGUCCCAUCCAGGGUUUGACAACAUUCCCUGUCUAGAGUGAGCUUUUGGACUCAACACGUUUCACUGUAAUAAGGUCCCUUGGUCUGUAUUGGCCUAUAAUUACUCAAACACAUCUUUAUCUCCUCUGCCAAGUGUGUGUUCAUACAGACUGGGAUUAGACUCUGCUCGGCUCUGGUCACAGUUUAUUUUUCCUCGUCUGUAAUAUAUUGUGUCUCUGACAACCUUUUAAUUCAUGAAUAAUAAUAUUGUUGUUCUUCUUGGUGCAGAAUAUGUCCAGUACAGCAAAUGUAAAAGCUGUUUAGUUCUAGCCAAGUUUUAAUGUGCUGUGAUAGUAUCUUGCCAACAUCUGUUCUUAUGGGCAGCAGCCUAACUUUAACCUUUUUGUACCUUCAAGUGUUUGUAAAAGUGUGUUGGUGUCUUGUCAAGCCUCUCAAGGAAGGCAAAUGUAAGUCAAAGAAAGUCCUUGCUGAGGUAAAUUAAAUAGAUUAAAAAUCA